UCGACGCCGCUAGUAAGCAUAUGGGAAAACAGUAUUACAAAACCUCACGGAGCUAACAACAUGGUAAAAAUGGAGAUGUUAUUUGUGAUGUGUUUCAUCGCUAUUGCCGCCGCAGCACCGCAAAAGCCUGCCGAUCAAGUAAUAGCAAUUCUGAAGCAAGAGUUCGACCAACAACCGGACGGAUCAUAUGUCUACAGCUAUGAAACCGAAAACGGUAUUAAGGCGGACGAGAAAGGUACGUUGAAAAAGGCAAGCGGCCCUGAUAGUACUGAUGUCAUUGUCGCCCAAGGAGGUUUCAGCUACACGGCACCAGAUGGCACUGUUAUCAACCUUAAUUACGUCGCAGAUGAUGAAAAUGGAUUUAGACCUGAGGGUGCACAUUUGCCAACUCCUCCACCAAUCCCCCCAGAAAUCCAAAAGGCACUCGACUUCUUAGCUACUCUUCCUCCACCAGCUCCAUCCAGGAACUAGAUGGGAACUCAAGACAAACGGCAUACCAGACCUGACCUGACUACCGAUGCUCACUGCCAGUAUGAUACAUAUUUUAUCAUACAAACCUUAGUUGUACAAUGCUAUGUUUUAUAAUUAAAGCAAGAAAAAAUCAUAUAAAAAUAAAUUAUCUGCUCAAUAAUUGAUCUGUGAUACACAUGAAUGUAAGCAAAAUUAUUUUUGUAAUUAUUUAUUAAAUGCAAAAACAGUGCCAAAGAUGCAUUGAAAAUGUC